UUCUGGUCUCAGCACAGGUUAAACUCAGAUCUAGAACAUGCUUCUGGUGGACAGUCAGAGUUCUGCUUAAUUUCACCUCCAGAACUCCAGGAUGAGGCUCAUCGUGGUGGUCAGUUGCAUUGUAACCUUUGUCGUGGUGGACGUGGUGCUCUCCACCGUCUUCUACAUCCAGGGUUCAGGUCCAAAUCCGUUCUCAGAAGACCUCGAGGACUUCAACAUUUACCAGUCCAUCCUGGACCUCUGGGCGACGCUCAUGGUCCGUUCCUGUCUCCUCCUGGGCGCUGCUAUUGGAAUCCUGGUGAACAGGACCGAAGGGCCGUGUCGGGUGGCAUCCCUGGGCACCCUGGUGGUCCUGGUCAGCCUGGUCAUGCUGACGUACGCCCUGACCAAGCUGCUGAUCUUCUCGGAGAUUGGCAGGCUGAUGUAUAACCCGUGGUUCCUCAGCUUGUUCUCGUGGACCUGCGCGUCCUCGGUGGGGACCAUGGUCCUGUGGAAGCUCCUGAGCAGGACGGACGGCGGAGCAGCCGGAGGAGAGAGAGUGAGACUGGACGAAGGGGACGAGGAGGAUGAAGAUGGGACGAGGGGGACGGGGGACAAGGAGAGGGUGAAUUCCGGGGCCACCCUUGGACGUCUCCUGUACUACUGUAAGAAGGACGCCGGGCUUCUGUCCCUCGCCUUCUUCUUCCUCCUCCUCUCAGCCGUCUGUGAAGCGUUUAUCCCCUAUUACACUGGAAAAGCCAUCGACGGUAUAGUGAUCCAUAAGAGCAUGGAGUACUUCACCAAACCCAUGAUCGUCCUGUCCGGUUUGGCCCUCGUCAGCUCCCUGGCGAUCGGGGUCCGCGGCGGCGUGUUCUCGCUGACGUUGGCCCGACUCAACAUUCGCCUGAGGAACCUCCUCUUCCGAACGCUCAUGCAGCAGGAGAUCGGCUUCUUCGAUGCUAAUCACACAGGUGACAUCACGUCGCGGCUGACCUCUGACACCACGCAGGUGAGCGACCUGAUCUCGCAGAACCUCAACCUGUUCCUGCGCAGCUUCGUCAAGGGCGUGGGCUUCUUCGGCUUCAUGUUCAGCAUGUCGUGGAAGCUGUCGCUGGUCACCAUCCUGGGCUUCCCGUACAUCGCCGUGCUCUCCAAGCUCUACGGCGACUAUUACAAGAAACUGACCAAGGAGGUGCAGACGUCGCUGGCUCACGCCAACAAAGUGGCGGAGGAGACGAUCUCCGCCAUGAAGACGGUGCGCAGCUUCGCCGGCGAGGGGCACGAGGCCGAGUCGUACCACGCCCGGCUGCAGGAGGUGUUCGCCCUCAACAAGAAGCAAGCCGUGGCCUUCGCCUGCUUCAUGUGGUCCACCUGUAUCUCCGAGCUGGCGCUGCAGGUCACCAUCCUGUUUUACGGGGGCCACCUGGUGGUGACGGACCAGAUGACGGGCGGAGCUCUCAUUUCCUUCUUCAUCUACGAGCUGGAGCUGGGGGAGUGCCUGGAGAGCAUCUCGUCCGUCUACACCGGCCUGAUGCAGGGCGUGGGCGCGGCCGAGAAGGUCUUCGAGUACAUCGACAGGAAGCCCGAACAAAGCCUCGAUGGCCAGGAAGCUCCAGAGACGUUUCACGGCCUGGUGGAGUUUGAGAACGUGACCUUUGCUUAUCCGACGCGGCCAGAGACCAACGUGCUGAAGAACGUGUCCUUCAGAAUCCAGCCGGGAGAGGUAACGGCGUUGGUGGGUCCAUCAGGCAGCGGUAAAAGCUCCUGUGUGUCCCUGCUGGAGAACUUUUACUGGCCUCAACAUGGUCAGGUGCUGCUGGACGGCCGACCGGUUCAGAUGUACCAGCACGGCUACCUUCACUCCAAGGUCGCACUGGUUGGACAGGAGCCGGUCCUUUUCGCUCGUACGGUACAGAAGAACAUCUGCUACGGCCUUCCAGAUGCUCCUCCAGAGGUUGUGGCCUCAGCUGCCAGGAAGGCCAACGCUCAUAACUUCAUCUGCGGCCUCUCCAAGGGCUACGAUACGGGUGUUGGGGAGAAAGGAGCUCAGCUUUCGGGAGGACAGAAGCAGAGAGUAGCCAUCGCUCGAGCCCUCAUCCGGAACCCCAGGGUGCUGAUUCUGGAUGAGGCCACCAGUGCACUGGAUGCCGAGAGUGAGCACGUGGUCCAGCAAGCUCUGGACACCGUGUUGCAGAACCACACGGUCCUGGUGAUCGCCCACCGGCUGAGCACGGUCCAGCGCGCCAACACCAUCGUGGUCCUGGAAGACGGUGUGGUGAUGGAACAGGGCUGCCACGACAAGCUCAUGGACCUCAAGGGUCUCUAUUACAGACUCGUCCAGAGGCAGAUGCUAGGGUUCGAGAGCAACGGCGGACCGCCCCGUCCGGCAAUAGAGGCGCCGCCCAGUCAGAAGGAGGAAGAGCAGGAGGGCAGCGGAGAUGAAGACGUCCCGAGAUACUGAAGAUCCUGGAACUGUUUGAUCGCUGCGUUUGAGAAACGCACACCUACCUCGUUUCUUUGUUCUUUUAACUGCUGUAAAGCUUUAGCAUCUUUAACUAUAUGUCCAAAAGUAUCUGGACACCCCAUUCCAAAACCAUCUGCAUUAGUAUAGAGGUAAUCGCCUCCACUCUUCUGGGAGGGCUUUCCUCAAGGAUUUGGAGUGUGACCAAGAGAAUGAAGAGCUUGUUGGGUCAGACAGUGACAUUGGAUGAGAAGGGCGGAGUCACAUUCAGCAUUCUAAUUCACUCAAAAAGUGCUCAGGGCGGCUGAGGUCAGGGCUCCAUCCUCCAAACCAAACUCAAAAUGAAUCCAAGUCUCUAUGUGCACACAGUCAUAAUCAUACUGGGACAAAAAUGGCCUUCCCCAAACUGUUGAAAGCGGAUUAUUUAUUUAAUAUUAUUAAUUUUGUACACCUGUACUGUACAUGAUAAAGACGAUACACUGUA